AUGGCGACCAAGGAAGCUACGGAUGAAGCCACCAGGCAGCGCAUCGUCAAACAUAUGAACACCGAGCACCACGACUCUAUCCGCCGAUACGUCGAAGCUUAUGCUUCACGAUCCAUGUUCCAGAGCCGCAGCGCGAAAAUGAUCGAUAUCGACUUGGACAAGAUGGUCUUCAGCUGCGGUGGCCAACAAGCUGUUAUAGGGUUGGAUCCGCCCAUGACGACCCUGCGUGAGUCUCGCGAGCGUAUGGCAAAGAUGGACAAGGACGCUUUGGAGACUCUGGGCCGGAGCGACAUCUCCAUUACACGGUUUGUCCCUGCAUAUACACGGCCGGCUCAUCUGUGGAACUUUACGCAGUGUCUGCUGGCCUUUCUUUUGUUGCCUCGUGCAGCGAACUGGCAGCCUGGCUCGCCCAUUUACGAUUACGCUCUAUUUAUGGUGCCAUCGUUUGCGAACUUUGUAGCUCGGUACGGCUGGCUGAUCUUUAUGAUGAUGCUUCCGAUUCAUUCAGUUGAGGCUGUUAUCAUGGUGAUGAGAUUGGCCAAGCAUGGAUGUACCUUUUUGGACGGAGUAUGGUGGAAAUGGGUAGGCACCUGCCUUGUGGAGGGAAUCACUUCGUUCUGGCGGCUGGAUGCAUUGAUUGAAGAGAAGAAGAGGGAGAAGGAGAAGGAAGCAAAACGGCAUUAA